UUUCCAGUAUUUCCUAGAAAGAAAGAUGAAUUGCGUCAUAGAAAAAUGCUUUAUUGUUACGAUUUGCUUUAUUUAAGCCUAAGAGAAAAAGGAAAUUGCUUUGGGCUUAAAAAAAUGGACUUCUGAAAACUAUUAAAUUGUUUAAGUUGGGCCUCAAAGCCGUUGAGGCCAUGUUUUGUUAAUUUUGAUGGCACCGCAUUUACCUUUCGACAUUGACAUACAUUCGACGAAUUAAAAUCAACCAAACUAUGACGUCAUAGAACCAAUUGAUGAAACCGUUUGGACUUUGAGCGCAUGAGUGCGAUUUGCAACCCUCAUACCUUGAGUCCUUGACCACAUGCAAUAUCGUGCGGCGGCGAACAGACCUAGGACAUUUUGUGACCUCUGAUCACGGCUGGCCAUGGCUGACGAGGGAGACUUCGAUGGCGACAACGCCGGCGACGACUUCGAGGAUGCCGACGACGCCGGCGACGAUCUGGACGAGCUGGCCGAGGGCGACGGAGAGAACGUGGCCAUCCUGCCGUCGGGCGAGGGUGGCGUGGCUGCCUCGGGGGCCGAUCGUCAGACCACGCCCUUCAUGACCAAGUACGAGCGGGCGCGGGUGCUGGGCACGCGAGCCCUCCAGAUCGCCAUGUGCGCGCCCGUCAUGGUGGAGCUGGAGGGAGAGACGGACCCGCUGCAGAUCGCCAUGAAGGAGCUCAAACAGCGCAAGAUCCCCAUCAUCAUCCGGAGGUACCUGCCCGACGGCAGCUACGAGGACUGGGGCAUCGACGAGCUAAUGAUUGUCGAUAACUAGACGUGCGGGCAGAGCGGCCGGCCGCCGCACCCGCACACCAUUCUCAUAUAUUUGUAUUUUGUGCUAAUACAUUAUCAUCAUGUCCAA